AUGCUUGCUAUUGAUUGGAAGUUAUGGAAAUUGUAUCUAAGCUCCUCAUCUGCUAGAUUCUCAACCAUUCGCAUGCUUGAAAGAGUUGCAGCACUAAGAGAGUUUUUUAAGGCUAAAGCUGGAAAUUGUUCCUCUGAACCUAUUGAAAUAGCAGUAGAUAUUAAGAAUGAAGUUACAGAAGAGAACAGCAAAGCCGUGGAAGGUGUAUUGGAAGGAGAGGUCGAUGGAGAAACUUCUCGCCGUACAAAUUUAAUGGGAUUGGAUGAUUCUGAUGAAUUCUUUGAUGUUUCUGAACCAAAGAACUAUGAUGAAUUUGAGAAUGAGUGGCACUCUGCCCCGCUUUCAGAACAGCACUCUCAGACGGAUUACCACCCCAAAAUGUCAUCAGCUGAUGGUUUGGCAAAAAAAUUACAAGACCUUUCAGUUCAGAAGAAGGGAUACAUGGAUUUACAAGAGACUUCCAGCAGGGAUAAUAGUGAGCCAUGCCCUUAUGGAGCCACUCUUCAAAAAGAUUCAAGCUGUAAUUUACCAUGCAGUUGGGAUGAAUCUGAUGCAUCUUUAUUUUAUAUUCGUGGAAAAACUUAUUUAAAAGAUAAGAAAAAGGUCAAGGCAGAAAGAACCUUGAUGCAAAUGGUUGGUGCAGAUUGGAUUCAAUCUAACUCGCGACAAGAUGAUCUAUGCAGUCGUCCUGGUAGCAUAGUUCAGCAAUAUGAAAAAAAUGGGGGGCCAGAGUUCUUUUUUGUUGUCAACUUCCAAGUGCCUGGAAGUUCCUUGUAUUCCAUUGGACUCUAUUACAUGAUGAAAACUCCUUUGGAGGACAAUCCUUUAUUGCAUAGCUUUGUUCAUGGAGAUGAUGCUUACAGAAACUCAAGAUUUAAGCUAAUACCAUAUAUUUUUAAGGGACCAUGGAUAGUCAAGCAGAGUGUUGGAAACAAGCCAUCUUUGCUAGGCAAAGCUCUAGACAUACGUUAUAUUCGUGGGAGAAACUAUCUAGAGGUGGAUAUCAAUAUUGGAUCUUCAACUGUUGCAAGGGGGGUGGUCAACCUAGUUCUUGGAUACUUAAACAAUUUGGUCGUAGGAAUGGCAUUUCUGAUACAGGGAAACACAGAAAAGGAGCUUCCAGAAGUCCUCAUUGGAACAAGCCAACUCAAUCAUCUGGAUACAGCCAAAGCAUUUGUAGUUAAACCGUAAUAUUUACCCUGAAAUUUAUUUGUUACUUUGAAGAACAUAAGCUAACAUUUCAACUCAAAGAGAGAGAAAUUAGUCUCAGGCUUGACUAAAAAUAGUCAACUUUUACAAUUGGACCAAUUAGGGGCAUGGAUCAUUUACAACAGUAGAUGAGAGAUGCAACUAUGUGCUUCAUUGUCCUUCCACUGAAGUUGAUACUGGUGGACAAUGUACAUAUUAUCCUUUGUUAUUUUAUUUGGCUAUUUAAUUUGUAAAGCAAAUAUUUUUCAAUUUACUCUUAAUGACAUACUGCACAUAAA